AUGACGGACCCAGACCUCAACAAUAAGCUCGAUAGACUACUCACUCUAUUGGAAGCUCAGCUAGAGCUUACUAGGCAGGGUCAUCGAGAGGAACGACUACAACGAGCUCAGCUGGGUAGGGAGGAGACAAUGGACCUCUCUCACUCGGAAGACCAAGCAGGAGGAGGAGAUGAGUCUAUGAUAGGAGACCCACAUACUCCUACUCCUGCUCCACGAUCAAGACGAUCAGUCUCAUUCAACCUGGAUGAGCAGGAGGACAUCAACUAUGAGAAGUAUGCUUCACCUACUGGGCCAAGAUAUGUCAAGACUAAGCUGGACCCCUACAGCAGGACUAGGACGGACCCUUACCCCCUGGACCAUGAGGAGGAUACCAGCAUCAUGGCAGAGCUUAACCGGUCAAAGCCCAUCGCCACCCCCUUUCCAAAGUUCAAUCCCCGAGACAUGGAGAUCUUCAUUCUAGAAGCCGAAGCAUGGUUUAAGUUCAACCAGGUGUAUGAGCAGUCUAGGAUGAUCAAUCACAUGGGUGCUCAACUGGAAGGGACAGCAAGAGAGUGGUGGACCUCCAAGCUCCGUAUUGAUAGAGCUAGAGAAGGAAGGUUGUUCAAUGAUUGGCACUACUUCACAGAGCGACUGUCAGAGCAGUUCAACCCACGCAAUGCUAGGAUGGAGGCAUACAACAAGCUGUUGGCUCUCAGACUCACAAGUGAUGCUCCUGGUGCUGCCACACGUCAUGUAGAGCGGUUCAGAGACUUGGAAGGACAGGUCAACCUAGAUGACAAUGAGCUAGUGAUUGAUCUCUUCAGAGGUAGUCUCACUCGUAGCAUACAGGAGAAGUUCGAGAGGAAUCCACCUGGGAAGAGAUGGGAGUGGUAUCGAGAGGUUGAGGAGAUCGAUCGACAGAGGAUGCUACUACAGCAGGUAGACCCUCUUAGCUCUCGACCCAUGGGACCAAAGGUUAUGGUCACCACAGCAGACCCCUUCGAGGAGGCCACCGACUCAGGAGAUGGCCACACAGGCAGCACUGAGAUGGGUGACCCCGAGGCCAUGGACCUCAGCUCAUACCAGCAACCCAUGGACCCCGAUCACGAGGAGGAGCACAAUGAUGAUGAUGACGAGGGAAACGUCAGCAAAGCAGUACUGGAGCUCUCUGGAAUGGUUCAAGACCAUCCUGCUCGGAUACUAGCUGAUACCGGUGCUGGUUUGUCCAUAGUCUCAGAUUCUUUCAUUAGUAAGUACCAAAUACCCACAAAACCCACAAAAACAAGAUCGAUCCAUGGUGUCACCAGGCACCAACUCUCCAUCAAUAGUUCUGCAAGCAUGCAGGUAUCUAUUGGUACACACAAUCUGGGUGUGGUCGAAGCUUCAGUGGCCGACACUGCGGACUAUGACCUCAUCCUGGGGUUCACUGAGCUACGGAGGCUCAAACCCACCAUACAAUGGGAUACGGGCCAGCUGGAGUUCAAGACUCAGGAGCAGGACCGACCCCCAAGGAGACCCCCUGAAGCAGCAAGAGCAGGGGACCUAACCAUGAGGAGACCAACCCUUCAUGGUAACGAGUUUGUCUCAGCAGAGCGCAUACUACGAGCAGCUCUGGAAGAUGGACCCAUAGGGUUCAUGCUGUUAGAGGAGCCACCAUCAUCACUCCCAGCCUUUGGUUUUGUACCUACAGGCGCAGACAAAGGAGUCGAGAUGGAGGUGGAGGUAGAUAAGGUGGUGACGGCUGCAGACAUACCAAAGCCAUACCAACACCUGCGAGAUGUGUUUGAUGAGGUGGAAGCAGACAAGCUGCCCCAUCAUACCGAGCAUGAUCUCCACCUCGAGUUGAUAGAAGGAGGUAAGCCACCUCAAGGGCCCCUAUACCUUAAGGGACCCAAGGAGAUGUCCGAGUUGAGGAGAUACUUGGAUGAGAAUCUCGAGAAGGGGUUCAUAAGACCAUCGAAGAGCCCGGCACGAUCACCAGUGCUCUUCGUACCAAAGAAGGAUGGAGGUCUCAGACUCUGUGUGGACUACCGAGGUCUCAACGAGAUCACUGUCAAGAACAGGGCACCACAGCCCCUCAUCGAGGAGCAGCUGUUCUUACUCAGGAAGGCAAGGAUCUAUACCAAGCUAGACCUUAGAGCAGCAUACAACCUCAUCCAGAUUGCUAAAGGAGAUGAAUGGAAGACAGCUUUUGGCACUCAGUUGGGACUCUAUGAGUACCUAGUGAUGCCCUUUGGCCUAGCCAAUGCUCCAGCUCACUUCCAUGACACCAAAGAGACACAUGUGAAGCAUGUCACCAAGGUCCUCACUCGAUUAAGGAGCAACAGGCUCUUUGCUAAGCUGUCGAAGUGUGAGUUUCACACCAAGGUAGUUGAGUUCCUGGGAUACAUCAUCAAGCCGACAGGUAUAGAGAUGGACCCAGAAAAGGUGUGCACUGUCAAGGAGUGGCCAAUGCCAGAGUCAAUCCAUGACAUCCAAAGGUUCCUGGGUUUUGCCAACUUCUAUCGAAGGUUCAUAGCCCACUUUGCUUGUAUAGCCAAGCCCUUGACAUCACUGGUAAAGCCCACAGAACAGUUCAGGAAGUUCGAGCUACCAGAGGAGGCCCAGCAGGCCUUCCACAAGCUCAUCCAGGCAUCCACCUCAGCAGGAGUGCUUCAGCACUUCGACUACCACCUUUCAACAAGGUUGGAGACCGAUGCAAGUGACUUUGCUAUAGCAGGAGUACUCAAGCAGGAGCAUGAAGGUCAAUGGCACCCAGUGGCCUUCUACUCUAGGAAGAUGUCCUCUGCCAAGAAGAACUAUGAGAUCCAUGACAAGGAGCUCCUAGCUGUGGUCACUUGCCUUACUCAUCAACUGGUCAUCCUUACCGACCAUGAAGCCCUCAAGUACUUCAAGUCCCAGAGACGCAUCACAGGUCGACAGGCUCGAUGGGCAAUACUACUAGCAGACUUCGAUUUCAUACUACAGUAUCGACCAGGAGACAAGGGUGGUGGGCCUGAUGCUCUCACCAGAAGGACUGACAUGCAACCAGCUGGUGAAGAGCAAGAUCACAAUGUGAGGCAACUACUGCCUCCUCAAGUGUUCAAGGAGACAGCAGACCAUGACUCGAUCCUAGUGGCCCCUAUGCUCUCGAUGGAGUCCAUAGCAUCAAAAGGUCUCAGAGACCUGGUCAGGAUCUUCCAGCCCUUAGACCAAGAGCUACAGGAGAUACAUACAAAGAAGCCCUUCGAGAUCAAGGAUGACCUAUGGUACAGUGGAGGAAGGUUGGUUAUCCCCAAGGUAAUCAUGCCAGGGAGGACCAACAACUGA